UGUAGUCCUGGAGGAAUAUCUUUUUGCAAUUUUAGCCAUUUUCUAACCGGAUGAGCCUUGGUUCUCGUUCUACAUCUGCCGAACUCGAUUCUUCAGAUCUACGGUGAUGUCCCGCUGCGUUCCGAGAAGCAGCGCGUGUCGAGGACGAAAGUGAAGUGGGUUUCAUUUUGGGUUAAGUCCGAGCCAAGCCAAAACACCCGGGACAGAAUUCACACAGCGCCACGGGACAGAGUCCAGAUUUCCGGGACUACCGACUGCACGCUGGCCAAGACAGGAUGUGGCCCAUGAAACUGGACAUGACGCUCGACGAGUGCCGCGGCGUUCUUCGGCGGCUCGAGCUGGAGUCUUACGGUACGAUCAUCAGCGCCUUUCGAGCUCAAGGGUCGCUGUGUAAGGAAAAAGCCCGGAUAUUGGAAGAUUUACGGCGCGUGCUGCGCAUUUCCAGCGAUAGACAUCGAGCUGAGGCGCGGCGAGUGGCCAACGAUGAGCGGCUCACGACGGUGGCGGAACUCGUUUGGGGACCGAACAGUUCGCGAGACUGGUGCCGCGAAGGACACCGAACGUUCCCCGUCCUGCCGAGGUCAGUGCCGCAUACCGCACUCUCCUAUAUUGCCAACACGGUGUAUGAGCAGCUAACGCGAGCUAACUGCAAACUGCCACAUCCGGCCAAAACGUCCUGCGAUAGGUUUGGAAAGGCGGAGGAGCUGUACAAGUUUCAGUUAAUCAAGAUGGAACCAAAGCUGGCCGCGAAUGGUUUCGUGCGUGAUGCGGCUGUUGUAACGUCUGAUCCGUUGCAGGAUAUAAUGUCCAAGAGUUUCAUCGAUACUGACCUCUUGUUAGCGGAAGCAAAGUGGAAAGCAAAGGGACAGGAGGAAGAUACGCUCCACUCUGAGGUUGUGCAUACCGACGUGCCGCCACCUGAUAUGGAAGACUUUAACGUGGAUAUCCCAUCACCAUGCUCGCUAGACGAUCAACCGUCGCUCAGUGAUAUCCUGCUCGACACACCGAAAGCUGCAGCGAGUAACGGCGGUGGAUCGGUGGACUCGCAAAGAGCCUCCGCGGGGAAGCAGUCCAACAAAAGCACCGAACGAGCAAAGAAAACUUCAAACGGAGGUAGCGGCAAACGAAACAUGAAAGUGAAAUCUCCUUAUCCCGCGACAAAGCCGUCUAAACAAGCCCGAACAAACAGUGUACAUAGUCCGCAUCUGAUUCACUCGUACGCUGUCCCAUACGAUCCCGCAACGGUUACGAACGGUGUAUCCGGGGAACCGCCACAACUGCAACAGCACCUAACCUCUAAUAUGCCAUACCAACCGCAGCAGGCGAAUCAUAGUACUGCAAGCGGACAGCCUCAGGUAAAAUCUCAGCAAUAUUCCUCCUCGUCGUCGUCUACUCCGCAUAGCAACUUUACUUCGCCCAAGGCGACCCCCCUAUCGUCACAGCAAUCGUCUGCCUCGGUCGCUUCGCCACACUCGAGCACGUACUGCCAGCAGCGGGAGAUUUACUUACCGUCGUCCAAGAAGGAUAUCCAGCACAAUAUUUCGAAGCUUAAUCCGACCAACAGUCUGCCAGGCACACCAUUGAAAAGCAGCGUCAACUCGACCGUACGAUCAGCAAACCGAGAAGUGUACAACAAGCUACCACCACACCUUUCGCAGCCAUUACUGAGUUAUCACAAGAAAUCGCCAAGUAAAAAUAUUCUCAUUCCCACAUCGGCCGCCGCUGCAACCCUAGCCAGCUUGGGACUACCGAGGGCGCCCUCGGUCGACCAUUUCAAUCACUACGAUUCAGAGGAAGCGACGAAAACACGCGAUCGCGCCGAACUGACAAACGAUCGGCAACAUGGGAAGAUACACGCGCAGCAGGACAUACCGAAUCCGACGAUAGUCUUUUCCGCUACACCUAGCCAUGCGUCAGCGGAAAACCAUUCAAACAACCUGCUGGAAUCUAACACACUACAGGAAAGAACCGAUCAAUCUGCCAACUUAACCGCCGCAUGCAGUACGCUCGCUUUAAAUUCCCCCAACGCACAUGUGGGCACGCCCAUGAAAGGGUCUGCAGUGCAGAACCUGCCUUCAAAUACGUCCUCCGACAUCAAACAAUCGACAAACCUAGUAGGUUUCACUUCAGUCAAAUCUGCCCGCCGAAUUUCGAUACAGAAAGUGCAACUGGUGCCGCUUGUCGGUGCAGAUGGAACGCCGGCUUCGAUCUCUACAACGCCUGGAUCCGCUUCUAUUUCGAAGAACAAUGUCUUUAUACUGCCCAAGUCGUUCCCGUCCGGUUCUGUGCCGGGAAUUACACCCGGUCAAAAGAUCAUUCUUCCCAAGAACGAUACAACACCAUCACCGCCAACGAGCUUGCAGCGUAGCCCGCCCAAAGUGAUCGUUCAGCCGGUGCCCGAUGUGAACAGUCUCGUCCUACUCGAUGAUGGACUUGACAAUAGGCACUGUAGCACCUCGCACCAGCGGCAACUGUUUGGUGUCGAAGAGUCUUCCAACAAACCGACGAAGAACAGUGACAGUUUGGUGGAGUCGGAAAAUGUUCAAACAAUGUUAUCUAACCUGUCCGGCAGCACGGAGGGAGGCUCGAUUCCACUAAGAAAGAUUACGAUUGCCAGCCGUCAGCUCGUUCCAUUCAAGGGAACGCUGCAUGGGACAGUGUUACCCGGAACGGCCGCAAUUUCCGGGGCCAAGAAAAUGAAAUUGUCAAACGAAAGUAGCAUAAAUGCUGCCGAUCACGCAAGAGCUGGAGCACAACGAGAGGGAAGCACCGGUUUUGAUUGGGAGAUUGAAAUGGAUCGCUCCGAGGAUGCUCGGUAUCGAAGAGUUCCUACUCAGAAAACUAACAUACUCGUCCGGAAUGCGGAUGCGGAAAUCAUAGGCACCUCAAGCCGGGGGCAGUAUUCCGAGGCACAGAAGACGCCGGCAGGCCUGUUGCCUCCCGCUGUAAGCAUCAGUCCUGUGGAAGCAGAAGCCAGUGAGUACGAUGUGAACUCCAGCGAACGGGGCGACGAUUCGUCGGCGACAGAUUCGGCUGAUGCGGAAGAAGAUCCCGAAGAUGACAUAAUUCGGAUGGAGGAGGAAGAUGGGAUCGAGGAUAAUGAUUACGAUGAUUCGCACACGAUCGAAGUGGACGCCAACACCGACGAUAUGGUAAUCGAGAUGGAUCAUAACUUGGAUGCUCUCAUUGAAGAAGACCCAGAUGGAGACAUCGAAGCGGAUCAGGAGGUUGAGGUGAUGAACGAUGAAUAUGGACAAGCGCACGAACUAAUGGCAGAGUUAGAUGAUGCAUCCAAUCAGUACAUCGAAGAGCAUCCAACGACGAACGGUGCUGAUGUUGUGGUUGUGCCGGCGGCGAUGAACUUCGAACAGUGCAGUGACAUGAUCGAGCUGGCUGAGAAUGGUGACGAUCUGCACGAACCGUCGAUGCUCGCAGCGAAAGAUGACAUUGUAUGCGAGCUGCUUGAAAUCGAUGCGGACGGCAAUCAUCACACGCGACAAUUUUCUUACGAGCAAGCCAUCGCCGAGGGUUUGACUGUGCUGCCGAGGAUGACCAAGGUCAAUCCGUCAGUAAGUUAAUACUGACGCUCCUAAAAGCAAUGAUACGGAUACACCAGCUGGUGAUGCGUUAGUGAGUACCGAACGCGACCGAAGUACAAUUGAUAUGUUCCACAAGUCACACUAUCCAUAGCACCUCUCCUACGGAACGCUACGGAUAGUGCAAUUGAUUACUGUUCAAACACGCCGCACCAUCCUAUCCAAUUAACGAUAUUUACGGCCCACUUCGCGACGCGGCGCUGUACAUAGCCAGAAAACAAACAAUCAAAUUGUUUUAUGUUUGCCAAUCCUCUGAUUAACGGAUGGGUAAUGUUUGGGGAAAAAAGCUGGAUGGACAUUUACCCCCAGCAUUGUUACUAUUCCCAUUCAUUGUCUUAGCAGCAUUGUCGAGAUUAUGAUCAUAGUGAAUCGUACAGCACAAUUAUUGUACAUUGCGAUACCUAAGGGACAGCAAUGUGCGCUUUUUUAGUUGUAUGUUGUUUCAUAAGUUCGUAGCGAGUGCGGAUCAUUGCAAAUUGUUUCGCAUUCUCUUACUUGAUCAGGUUAAGUAACAGUAAGCAGGUUCGCUCGCUCAUUUGUAAAGAUAAAUGAAGAGAUAUCACCAUUUAAAUAAAGUAAAUGCAAGCUGCUAUCGAUAUAAUUUGCUGAUUUGCCAUAGGUUACAUCUCGUUGCUGCAACAUGCAUAGGAUAGUAAUACUUUUGUCGAAAGCAGCGGAGCACAGCAGAACUCUGAAACGUUGUCGACCUUUCGUCAGAGACACAGUUAGGGAACCGCUCGUUCGCGUAUGAAACCUCGGUAAAAUUACUUGAGCAAUGGGAGUUAGAUAGGUGAUAGUGUUAAGGGGCGGGAAGAAUUUGUCGAACGCUUGCGCGAAAGUAAAGCAGCUUAACGGACACUCAUUUUUACCUAGCACCAUCAUUUUUCGUUGUAAAGAUCAUCAAUUUGUACAUUCAUUAGGUACAUUUUAAUAUCUCUAAGCAAUGACAAAUUUAUUAGGUCGUAAGAAAAAAACUAAAGCGGAUAUUACGGCGGAAUUGAGUUGACUUCUUUCUGCGUGAAGUAAAUAAAGUUUAAAUUA